AUGACCUCGCAACUGGAAGCUGUUGUCGUUGGCGAGUUCUUUUCCCGAGCGGUGGGCGAAUGCGAUUGUCCGAAGAAUGGCGAUGUUUUGUCGAACGAUUCGCAACGGCUGGAAACCGAUACCAUACAGAAAUUUUUAUCGGUCUGCUUAAAGCAAUAUUUUCACUGCUUCCCAGACAACACAAAGGUAAGUUCUUUUUCCGAAACGCUCCUCGUGAACUGAAUUUCAAUUUUUCCGCUGAGGGUCCGUUCUUGAUUGCAGUAGGAAAUUGAUAGUUCGUGACCGCGGUGCGAACGAUGAUUAAGCGCGGUUUCACCUUUUUUCUCGAUUAUAAGCAAAAAAUGGCACUAAAAUGUCAGGUAGGAUUCAUUUUUUCUCCGUUAUGAGAUUUUCUGUCCGAAAAACUCCGCCGGCUGGUGUUUUCUAUCAACGAAGUUGCAAGGAUUUUUUUUUUUUUAUCAAUUUGGAAUGCCUCUCUGAAAGACUUUCUCAUAAAACGUUUCUCUCGCCGUGGGUGGAACUGUGUCAUCUGUAAUCUCCUAAUCUUCCACUAGUUCUUAGAGGGGUUUAUUCAGACACUAAUCAGGUAUAUCAGUUAAAUUUGCAUCAAAAGUCCAGUCUUCAAAUUUCCGUGAAUUUCCAGUUCUCCCCACAAUGCCUUAGGCAAGCUGAAUAUCGUAGGAUACCUCUCUUUGAUCUUUCCGGAUUUCUUUUAAGUCCGUAAAUGAUUAUCAAGGUAAUGGCAAUUAGCAGAUAUUUCACGAAUUCAAAAUAUUUCUUCUUCUGUUAAUUGCCUUACUGCGGUGGAGAAAAGAAAUGCAGUAAUUGUUAGCUAAAUUUUUGCACAACAAGCAUUUCCUUUCCGUUAUUUACUCAUUUUUAUUUAUUGUAGCUUGAAUGGGUGGCCGAGAAACUCCUAGAAAUCUCCUGUCAUCAUAAGCUGUCAUUUCACCACUGAGUGUGACCUUGAGUUGCUUGUUUGCUAAGAGCUUAAUGAUAUCAGUCAAAAGCAGCACUUCACAGCUUUUGUUAGCUAAUUAACUCGAAAGAAAAGCAAGGAACUACAAAUUUGUCGAUUUUGGAAGCAAAUUCUUCCUAGGAAUAUAAUCCACGAAUCAUCUGCGAGACUACUUUGGUUUACUGGGUAACGUCAGUCUCAGUUAAAAGAAGUUGUCACGACGCCAUAAAUAGCUUAACGCGGUGAUACUUUUGGCAACAUUAUAUCCAGUUACCUUUGACUUCCUUGGUCGGGGAGAACUCAGGGAAGAGUAGUCUGGGAACAAUACCAAAUUGCUUUGUGUGUAUACAGGCUAAGAGAAAAGGCGAUGCCAAAAAUGUUAUGCGCAAGUGGUAUCUCUAUCGAGAAAACAGUUAAAGAGGCCAUUUUCUUUCUCAAUACUAGAAACUUGAGUGAUGUACAGUAGGUACUCGAUUUGCCAGAGCACGCGUUUUUCACACCAAUUUUCGGGGCUGAGAUCAAAGGGGAAACUGUUCCUUUGUCAGUGUGUCUGGUCUCUUGGGCGUGUGUUAUUCGUGUGUUCGUCAAGUGUCCGCCACGCUGGGUCAUAAAACCUAUUGUUCUCUGUCAUCAUUAUAUCGAUUUCAGCCUGAGAAAGUAUUCAUUUUAAGGGCGACUGAAAUCGUCGGAUUAAUGCAGAGAGAGAACAGUAGGAUUUUGCUAACUUUGCUGAGGUUUGGGUAUAAUGCUGCGAACCUCAGUAAUUAUCUAUUAAUUAUUGCGCGGUUAAGCACUGCUAACUUUGCUUUGGAGGGUGAGGUGGGGGCUGGUGAAAUAAAUUGAUUAUCUCUAUAUCUAUUUAGGAAGUAGAUCGACAAAACUUAUACAUGUGUGGUCUCUCACAGCUUAGAUCGAUUAAAUAACAUACUUCACAAGUUGGAACUUUCUUGUGAUCAUUAAUCUUGUUGCCAUUAUCUUCCACGUUUUUAAUCUGACAAGUACCAUGAAAAUGAAAAGCACCAAAGGAGAAAGAGGAGUUAAAAUGGAGAGAAAUAAUGUUGAAAGAACUAUUCAUAUUUCUGUAAAUUCGUACAUUCUUGCGCCUAAGAAUAAUGACAAUGAAGCACUCGCCGCCGCCCCCCCUUACCCACCUAUAAACACUCAUCACCGUGAAAAGUUUGUUAGUACCAAACUUACAUCCUCGUUAGUAUAACGGAACUUUCUCGACUCCCAAACGUAAUGUUAAGUGUAUUUUUAUAAUCUUGUAAUAAAGGUUUUAACCUCAACCUGAAAAAUCCUCUUAUCACUUAAGGCAAUCAACUCUUUAAUCCCUAAGAGUGACGAGCACCUAAUUUCUCCUCACAGUGUCAUCCCUGAAUUACACGUAAAGGUCGUGGGAAUAAAGGAAAUGAUCACCAACUAAAGAAGCUCUUGUUGGUAAACAAAUUCUCCUGGUCAGCACCUAAAGAAAUGUAUAGAAACAGUUAAGAGAAUAUGUAGGCUGAUGUUAGGGUGUAAGGGCUUAAAAAGGGAUGACGUGAAUCUAAUAAUCAACCUCGGUCGUAUGAAAUUAUCAGAAUGUACCAAGAACUCCAUGCAUGUUAAGAGAAAGGAUGAAUUUCAUGGUGACUACAGGCUGAAGGGACAAAGACGCACUAAAACUUUUUGCCCAGGGAUUACGCAUCAGUGAAUGUUUUAUUUUGCACAUCUACAGGAAACACCUGAGGGCAACAAUGUGGGAAGCCAAUUGAGUGCAGAUGUUUCUUGCAAAUUUUGCAAAGACGACAUGGUACCAGUUACGCUGGCUUUGAAGGUGAGAUUUGUAGAUACCAUAGAACUGCUCUUCUGGGACACUUUCAUCUUGAUGUCAUUCUCAUUCUCAGAACCCAUAUUUGAGUCCCCCUUUUCAAGGGACAUUUUCUCUUAUACCGACGGGGCCCCCCUGGGUAUUAGUCACCCUGCAGCUUAAACAUUCAAAGAACGGACUGGAAGCCUUAAACAGGGAGUGAACUUGGCAUUAUGCCUUCUUUUAACCUAAUUGGAAAUACAAGUAAGCUUGACAUGACUUUCAGGGGUCAUUAUACUCCAUUAGGACACAUAUAUCCAGGCAUCCAUCUCAUUCGAGGCAUGCAAACAUGAGUUGCGACUGAAUAGAAAUCUCUACAAACUUCCUACAAUUUGCCUUUAUUGAUGGGAUCUCUUGACAAGAACAUUUUCUGUAAUCCCGAGGGCGUUCCCUGAGUAUAAGUUUCCCUGUAUUUUUAAUAUUCGUAGAAGGGACUGGAAGCCUUAAACAGGGAGUGAACUAGCAGCAUAAUUGCCAAAAUUGUUAUUAAUCUAAUUGAAACGCUGUCUAAAUAAGUUGGACAUGACUUCCAAUGGUCGAUUUGCCGUCAAUUACUCAAUUUUCCGUCUUAGAACGGCUAACGAAAUAAGUGGAUUUUAUCUUAGGUAGUAUCAAGGUUUGAAGAGAGAAUAGAUCGGCGUAACACUGCCACCCCUCUCCCAUAGCUUCAUGGUUACCUUCCCCUUCCCCUUCCCCAAAGCUUCAUUUAUACCUUCCCCUGCCCACCCCCCUCCCCCUUUUCGGGCCAGGCCCUAAAACCAACAUUGCGUGCAAUUUUAUAAGCUAGAAGGAAUUAUUUCAUUACAAUUUAGAAGUCGAAAAUUUAGGCACUGAAGACAGUUGAUGAUGGACUGAAAGCUUCAGUUAUAUUAUUUACUGCAGCUCACCAGCUCGUGUGAAUGCUGAUGUUAUAAAAUGCUUCGAGAUCUCGACUAAAUGUCAGCUUUCAAAUGACUUUUCAAUUCAUUAAAUCUUAUGAAAGUAAACAUCGGAGAUUUAUUUUCAAGUCUUACUUAGAAUACAAAAAAGGCACUAAGGGAAAUGUUAUUUUGGUAUACAUCACAUCUAUGCGCCUGACAAACCCUUUUGUGCAGAUAACUGCUGACGAAGAGUGCAUAAAGCAGACGCGUUUGGCUAUAGGCUACAUUGUAUUUACAACAUGAUAUUGCGCUUAGCAUUUUUAAUUCUUUUCACCGAAACUUUAGAUUUAAAAUACUAACAAAUACUCAAUUGUUCGAGAUACGAGAUUAAAAGGUCACAUUUACGAUCGACGAAGUCUAGCCAGGAAAUUUUGUGGUUUAAAAUACUCUGGCAUCAGUCAUCAUCAACAUCUGUCUGCAUGGUUAACACAUAAUUCAUUCCAGUGCAAGCACGCGUCAUCGAAAAAAAUUACGAUACCAGAGAAUGAAUUUUAAGAGUGUCUUCCAUGCAUACCUUGUCACAUUACCAAGCAUGAGCUAAAUACAAUAUAGACUACUCGCAUUAUCAAGUGCAUAUUGCCUAAAAACUACUCUGACAUCUCAAAUUAUGUGGCUUUAUGCACUUUUUAAACAUUCUUCGCAUGGCUAGUCGACACAAUUACAUUUUUGUGAGAAUUGGGCGGGAAACUAUUGUUUCACAAACAAACGAACUCGGAAACCUCUCUCAUAACUUGUUCAAAAUACAAUGCGGCAAUAUCUUUAUGCGUGCCAAUACUUCAAUUUAUUCAGUUCCAUUUUUCAUUCCGGCGCAGAGAUCAUAUGAUUAAUGACAUGCUGGCUCGCAGACUGUCUCAAAAAGCCGCUUUAAAUCAGUUUUAAUUCUUCUUUGAAAAUUAUGAAACGAAAGCUACUUAAAACUUAAGGUAAGUUCCAUGUUCAUUUGUGGUAAAUUUUUCGAAUAGUGAAGUCAGUUUCAUGGAGACGACAGUGUUCAAGCGGUGAAUAUCGAAAUUCUUGUUACAAAGGAAUUUCUAGUCGAUUCCUGUCGACGUUCUAAAAGAACUUAAACACAGCGGAAUUAAAAAGGCUUAAAGUAGAGUGGCAGUCAAUUAACGUAAUGAUGUGUAAUACAUGAAAAGGAUUUAAAUCGUGUUUUCAAAAGAAACAACAGAGGUAAGAUGGCACUGCUACUUAAAACCGCAAUCGUAAACUUUGAACAAAUUCCAAUUCUCAUAGCCGUGGGGCUUCGAUAAUGUUUUGAUUAAUGUUCGCCUGUGGCGAUGAAAUCAUUAGUUGUGAUCGAGAUAAACGGUUCUCUGUCUCGCGAAGCACCCAUUUAUUCACAAAGUUUGAAAGUGAUUUGCUUACAACCAACAGACAGCCACAUUUUUAAGUCACGAAAACAAGUCUACAAAGAGCGCGAGGAACGCUGAAUAUUUAUCACGGCGUUUUGCUAGGAAAUCAGGAAAAUAAUUUUCCGCAAAUAAGUAUUUUUCGCUCAAAAUCGAUAGAGAGUUUCUAAACUAUCUUUGUAAAUUUUGCAAUUAUUCGUCGCGUGAGAUAAUAGGUAAGUGGUCCGAUAAUUUAAUGGAAACAGUUCUUUUCUAUCACGCGUUAACGCGUGCAAUACGUUUGUCAUUAUACAUACAAGUUGAAAGUCUUGUUGAAAGAUGCGAUGGUGAAAUAUUCACAUCGCUGUAGACCGCUUCACACCGUAUUUCCUUUCACAUUCUUUAAUGUCAUGUAUCGGAAACCGGCGCUGGCGUUUCAAAGAUUCGUCGGACUUUAUGGGAAGCGUCGCUUGCUUGUGAAAAUUUAGCGCAAAUUUGUACACAUAUUUUCAUCUUUGUAGUCAAAAUGGGUAGCAAAUCGCGGUUAUCGCUAAAAUAUUCGAUGUUGUCUUCCCCACAGAAUCAUCUUGACGUCUGCCCUUUAUUUCCAGUCAAAUGUCCUAACAUGUGUGGAAAGAUGGAGGUGCCAAGGGAAAAGGUAAGCUCUUUUUUAAAACUCGGAACUAAGGCCGCUUUAUAUGAGUUUCGUCAAACGAGCUGGCUAGCCUGGUUUCUGAAAUCCCAAUGAUCUUUCCUUAACUAUGCUUUCCACUGCAAGUAACAUCGUUCUUUACUAAAGGAAAGCUCGGUUAGCUUGAUCACGGUUUUAAUGACCUAGUACUAAGUAAUCGGGAGUUGUAAGAUUCCCUGACCAGGUCAGUUUUCUCCACCAAAGCUGAAAUUUCUCCUGUGAUCGGCAGUGGUCGGACUGAAUUUGCAGCUCGGUAACCGCGAUGGAAUUUUCCUUCUGAAAGGGAAGCAACUUAAGCGAGAUCGUGCCGCUAAACUGACGAUCUCGGCUCCUGAACCCAGAUGAAGUGAUCUUAAUAUAUAAGCUAAAAAUUCAAUAUAAUGAAUUGCUGUCGAAUUUUUUGAUGAAUAUCAACCAUCGACCUCAAUUCCCUACAAUUUAUGUAUUAUUCUGUUCUUAAUUUUUGCGCAAAUUAUGUAAUGCUUUUCAUGAUCCGGCUGGCUGCAUUUUAUUGACAACUUAUUUUUAGCGUUUUAAAGUCAAAUAAUUACGGAUUUUGCUGGAUUUUCGAAGUUCUUGAUAUACUUCGGGAGAAACUAAAAUUUCUUUUAAAAUUAGUCAUUUUCAUCGUACAUGAGCGAGGGUACUAAAUAUUUGCUGCUAGGGAAAUAAAUUGAUUUUACGAUAAGAACCAUCUGUCGAUAUUAGAGGUUAUCUAUGCAGAAACAUCUUAAUUUAUUUUAACGAUGUUAUAACCACAAGAAUUAUAGAUGAACAACCAGAUAGAAAUAAUCUGUUACUAGAAAUGCAACUAAAUUGUAGGAAUUUGAAAAAGUUCAUGAAAAUAUUUGGGUUAAACUCGCCAUGGUUUCAUUGUUUUAAAAUGCAAGUUUAUCUAAUCUGAUCACAAUUUAUCUUGACCCCAAGUAAAUGUUAAACCUUCCGCUAUUGCAUAUCGUUUGGAAUUUUUGCAAUAUUCUGUCCCCAGUAGCCUCGACUAUAGCAUUCUUAAUUUUCUCUUCAGUUCUGUGGAGUCAUUUGUUGAAAUAAUUAUAGGAAAUUUGAGGAACCUUUGAGGAUGUGAAUUCGGGUCUCCACUAUUAAACAUAUGUUUUAAAGAAUUUGAAUUCAGCGAAGCUCUUAAUGCCAUCGCCUUUUACUCUUGAUCCGUUCUGCUGCAAACUUGCAUAGUGUGGAAAGGAUAUUUUAUCAGCAAUAACGGCGGAUUGUAACUCGAACAAUGAUAAAAGAUUUAAAUUAAUGAUAAAAACCAAAUACUCUUCGGAAACUACCUCCAAGGAAUUCAAGCAGACUGAAAGUAUAACGAUUCUCUGUGAACUGUAUUGAUUACUUACGGAAAACUAAAGUGAUACAACAUUAAGGCAGAAAUGAGCAUUGCAUUUGCAUGCGAUUUUCCUAACCGCUGGACAUUCAAUUUGCAUUUAUAUGGAGAUUUGUCUGGAGUAGGAAGUCUGUACUUAAACGACCUUUGACCAAGUAGAUCAAGAAAAGGCGCCGACAUGGUGCGUUUUAUAAAAAGAUAAGCUGCUUCUACGCAAAACUUCUUUUCCGGCUUUUAAAAAAUAUUUGUAACUGAAAGAUUUGCAAUUGACGGACUUGACAAAGGUGUUUUCUUUGCCAAAGAACUCCGCAGCAAUUUAGAUCACGCAAAGUUGGAUAAACUUAAAAGUGGAAAGUUCACCGAAACGAGUGUUUUUUUUCGAAGUGAUGACGACACCUUGUCAAUAAAGUCAAUGUUAUGUUGUAGAAAUUUGAAACUUUCAGCUUAAAGCAAAAAGGGCUGUCCAAUUAGAGUUCUACGAACUUCAACGAUAACAAAAUAUAAUGUUUUUUUAGCCUUAGGCUACGCGCAGCUUUACCACCCACAGAAAAAGAUAUAAAAACAACAGAUGAUUCAUUCAUCUUCUGUGCUACUUUCUUAAUCGAUAAACUGCUACAUGUUUUUUCGCAAACCAAUGUAAACGGUGCUUUUGUGGUUUUUAAAUCGCAGCUUUCCAAUCAUAUCAUGGAAGAAUGCCCGAAGACCUGCGAACAGUGUGUCUAUCAAGACAUUGGAUGUGCCUUCCAGGUAAUUUAUAUCAGUUGGGUUUCAAAACUCUGCCGUUUUGUUUUGUUUUGGUUUUUUUUUACUGUGUUUUCUUCCCCUGGUCACGAUAAGUUAUUACAAAUAAGAUCUAUCACAGAAGUAAAAUUCAACUUAAAUUUAAGGGACACAAAAAAACGUCAGUGCUCUCGAGUACAGUUUUAACCCGGAGUUUGAUGUAAGUGCAUGCCGAAGAAAUGGGAUCAAAAAGUCUUUAGCGAUGUUCUUUAUACAAAAGAGGCAAUCAGAGCAAGGCACAUAUACGUUUCUCCUUGCCGGAAAAAAAAAAAAACUUCGCGUGUUCGAAUGCCGGUAAGGUGGCAUUACGAACAUAUACUAUCGUGAAAUCAAUGAACGCUCCAGAGCUAUACAUGAACGUAUCAGUUGUCAAUAGCUUGUGUUGCUUGAGUCGUGAAGCGAAGAAAAUGUUAAAUUCAGUAUGCAAAAAGUGCUCAAAUAUCCCUAGAAACCGACUUUCUAUUCCAAAUAAUAAAGAUGGAAACGUGCAUGCACAUUUAAAUAUACAGCAUGAUAGAAAAUGUAGGAUGAACCAUAAACAUCAUUUAACUCUCUUGUGCUAAGCAUGUGACUAUGUCUGAUUCGUGACCGUUCAAUCUCUUCGGUCCAAAAUCCUCGUCUUAAAAAUAAGUAACUCCUUCCACGUUUUCACUGGGUAUCAGUCUAUUUCAUGGUAAUUUCUGAGACAAUGGAAGACGCAAGUAGUUGUGAUUAGCGUGGAAUGAUGAUAAAAAGGUACCCCCUUGUCAGCAUUAAGAUUCUAGAUCUACGGAAAUCAUAAUCAGAUUCUCGUUAAUCAAGCCAUGGAAGGCUCAUCAAUUCGCUAGGCUAUAUGUUAAGGUUUCCAUACUAUCUCAAAUAUUGUUUGGUAAUGAUUCGUCCAUCAUCAUGAUUGCUGGUUCUUGCUCUGUGUACCAAAGCGAUCCCAAAAAUAUCGAAAAUGUGACAGAAUUGUGACUCAAGGUGUAGGGGGAACUAAUCAGUAAUUCGUAAAUCCUUGAGGCUUAUGGGAGCUCAAAUUCCUAACCUAAGAGAUAUUCUCAACCCGUUAAGGAUAAAACAAAUGAUUGACUGAGGUGGGUAACAUCCUGAGGAAGCAUCUUCGGAAAUCUCCUGCUCUGUGAAAGCAGCUUACCUGAGUAUUACUGCGCCGCUAACAUGGGUAGUAAUCUAACUCGAGAUAAACACUUAACUUCAUUAAUUAAGUGAGGAUCACGCUAAGAAAUUGAGCCUGUCGAGUGCCUUUGGUGAUCCUUGUUGAGUUAUUUUUAGAUCACUCCCAUUUCCGAAGUCCUGGGAGUGUCUAGAAAUACCCAAUCCUAUACUACGGAUGUGGGCAUCCCACGCGGCUUUUAAUCCUUUUUCGGCCAAAACAUUUUAUGUAUCACGCGAGAUAGAGGGGGACCAGAUACCCUCAGUGUGAAAAUAACUAUAAACCUUUAGAAUAAGCCAUAAUGUUGGCAAUUGUGUCCUCUCAACUUGAGAUCCGUCUACUUCUGUAAAUCUUCAUUUAACUCCUUAUAUUUUUACUCAAACAUGACUUUUGCAGGGUCCUAGAAGUGACUUGACGAAGCACCUUCAAGACAACUCUGAGGAACAUCUACAAUUGGCUUUGGAAGUGAUCAAAGAGCAGAGAACAGAAAUGGGAAUACAGCGAGGGCGACUGAGGAAACAAGAAGAAAAUAUAAAUCAGCUGAUGGAAAGUGUCGGCAAACUGACAGCUCUGUGUGAGGAAACGCUAAAAAAUAAUGCCGACCAAGAAAAAACGAUGAAUCGAUUGUCUGAACAGUUAAAAGAGCAGAAAAAGCAUCAAUCUAAACACGAAAAGGAGUUGAGGCAGAGAAUGGCCGAGUUAGAGAAACAUGAACCGGAAAUGCCCCAGAACGGGUUAGCUCGUUAUCCAGGACUCAACGGUUACGGAGAACUUGUUUGGCGAAUUUCGAAUUUCUCCCGAAGAUUACAACGCGUUCAGUCGGGACGCGGCGAAGACCCAAUGACAAGCGAGCCCUUCUAUACUUCGGCAUUUGGCUACAAGAUUGUCGUGUGGGCCUACAUCAAUGGUAGAGGCAAAGAAACUGGGCGUUCCUUGUCUUUGUACGCAUGCGUCUUGUGUGGAGAGUAUGACGCAGUACUUUCCUGGCCGAUCAAACCUCGGUACACGUUUUCAUUGUUGGAUCAAAAUCCAGAUCCUGAAGCGAGAAAGGAUUUAACUCGCACACGAAAAGUUCACGACUUCAAACGUGAUGACGUCAGAAGAAAAGGAAUUGAUCGGCCUGGUCGAGAUGAGAGAGCCAUCAUUGUCGGAUUUGAUGAUUUUGUUAGACACGAAGAACUUGAAGCUGGCAACUUUUUAGCGGAUGAUAUUCUAUUUGUUCGCAUUCUUGUUGAUAUUCCUGAAUCUUGAAUUACCCUCUCAUCCUAGAACAACCUCGCUUCUUUACUUGUUAAGUCGUUUCAUUUUUGGUGUUAAAAUUUCCUACAAAAGUGACGUUUUCAACACAGGAGUCAAAUGUCGGGCAUGCGCAGUGAGAUCAAUUUCUUUGCCAGCUGCGCGCCUAGUUCCCGCGCUAACAAUUCGCUCAAUAACCUUUACCUAAAUGACAACACAAGACAACUUUGGGAGGUAAGAGUGUGCUCGUAUUUAGUUUUAAAAAAGGAAAAAACGAACAAAGAAACUACGUAACAAACAGUACAACUUUAAGAUUCAUUACACUCUCUUAAAAUUGCCACCCUCAUCUUAUAUCGCAUGACAGCAAGAUCAGAACAUGUACGAGCAAAUAUAUUACAAUAGACCGCGUACAAAACUAAUGGAAGCCGUUCAUUAACCAAUUUUCAACAUUACGUAUAAAUUAAAUAACUCCUACCAUAUGGAAUUAAUAUUUUGUUACAAUUUUUUGACUUCAUAGUUGGUUUGCGUAUGCCCAAGUAAAAUGAUUCAAAUGGCCUGCAAGCUAAGGACAUUUAAUGCCUAUGAAAAAAAAAAAAAAAAAAAAAAAAGUCUCCUCAGGCCGUUUUCAUCCCUUUUUCCUCUAC